AUGGACGGUGACCCAGGCAGCCUGACAGUUCACGGAGGGAGCGCGGUGGCCUACGGCCGGAUGGAUACGCGCCCCGAGCUGAAGAUGGUGCCUCCUGAUAUACAGCUAGAGCCAGAAAGGCAUUCCCUGUACUAUGUGUACACGGCCCUGUCACAGCCCGUCUCUGCUCCUGGCAUCUACGAGUACACUGCCAUGGGUUUGCUAGACGACAGGAAGAUUGACUACUAUAACAGCAUCGGCAAGGUCAGGAAACCUCAACAGGACUGGAUGAAUAAGACAAAGGUUCUUCCUGCCGACUACUGGGAGAAGGGCACCCAAUCACGCAAGAGUAAAGAGCAGUGGUUCAUACUCGCUCUCAACAUCCUUAUGGAACGCAUGAGGCACAACGCAAGUGAUAUCCAUUCCCUGAUGUGGAGAGUUGGCUGUGAGGCUGUCAAAAGGCCAGAUGGUACUCUACAGUUUGUCAAGGGUGUUGAUGAAUACAGCUACGAUGGCAGAGAUUUCCUUUCCUUUGAUGACAACUCGAUGCAGUGGGUGGCACCAGUCAAUGCUGCUCUGCAGACGAAACGGACGUGGGACGACGUGCCGAUCCUGAACCAGUACACCAAGGGCUACCUGGAGAAGGAGUGCGUGGAGUGGCUGGACAAGUUUCAACCAUAUGCAGACAAGGAGCUUGCAGAGACCCUAAAAGAGCAUCCUCCAAAGGUUUACCUUUUUGCCAAAAACGGGAGACCUCAUGGGAAAUACCAGUUGACAUGCUUAGCCACAGGUUUCUACCCAAAGGACAUGACGAUCAGCAUCCUGAAGAAGGAUUGGCCCGAGAAAGAUGGCCACCCAAGCGAUGUCUUGCCUAACGGAGACGAAACCCACCAGAUCAGAGUGACUUUCCCACUGGAGACGAUGGAAAUACACAUGUAUAGAUGUAAAGUGGAACACAGGACCCUGCCUGAACCCAUUAUAGCUGAAUGGAAAGAAGGUGACGCUUCGCUGCACGGCGGUGUGGAACAGGUUCAAAAUGCCAAACUUCACUUGACCCAGCAUCAGAGUCUCCCUGGCCGCUGUGGACUGGAUGCUGUUCCAGGCGUACUCCAGCUUGCCGCCGCGGGAAAAGACGGCGUCCAGUUCGGUCUGCAGUUUGGACAGCGCGUUGUUCAGCUGCAGCAGGAGGGAGCUCUGGUGACUGACGUAGCGCCUCAGCUCGACGUGUUGUCGCUCCGCUUGGCUGUCUGCUCGCGUCCCUUGCUCCAGCAACUGGUCCCGAGUGGCCAGAAGGGUGUCGAAGCGAGCAAUUACCUAGACGGAAGGUUUCCUGGAGUCGGCGAGGCCAAGGGCCUACGCAUUUACGCGGGCAGUCAAAAUCCGCAAUUUCGAGCCAUAAAGUGUGGAGAACAGUUGAGAUCAACAUUGAUCAGUAUGUCUCGUGUAACUCUUUUCACGAUCUCCACGUUUCUCCUGGCAUGUUUGGCUGAUAUACAGGUAGAGCCAGGAAGGCACUCCCUGUACUAUGUGUACACUGCCCUGUCACAGCCCGUCUCUGCUCCUGGCAUCUACGAGUUCACUGCCAUGGGACUACUAGACGACAGGAAGAUUGACUACUACAACAGCGAAAAGAAGGUCAAGGUACCUGAACAGGAUUGGAUGAAAGCAAAGCUUCCGGCAGACUACUGGGAGAAGGGCACCGCAUCCCGCAAGAGUAAAGAGCAGUGGUUCAAAGUCAACGUCAACAUCCUGAUGGAACGGAUGAGACACAACACAAGUGAUGUCCAUUCCCUGAUGUGGAGACAUGGCUGUGAGGCUGUCAAAACGCAAGACGGGUCUCUAAAGUUUGUCAAGGGUGUUGAUGAAUACAGCUACGAUGGCAGCGAUUUCCUCUCCUUUGAUGACAACUCGAUGCAGUGGGUGGCACCGGUCAAUGCUGCUCUACAGACGAAAAGGAAGUGGGACGACGUGCCAAUCCUGAACCAGUACACCAAGGGCUACCUGGAGAAGGAGUGUGUGGAGUGGCUGGACAAGUUCCGAUCAUAUGGAGACCGUGAACUUACAGAAAGCCAAAAACAACAUCCCCCAAAGGUUCAUCUUUUUGCCAGAAACGGGAGACCUCAUGGUAGAGACCUUUUGACAUGCUUGGCCACAGGCUUCUACCCGAAGGACAUCAAGAUCAGCAUCCUGAAGAAUGAUUGGCCUGAGAAGGAUGGCCACCCAAGCGAUGUCUUGCCUAACGGAGAUGGAACCCACCAGAUUAGAGUGACCAUUAUAGCGGAGAAAGAGGAGAUACAUAUGCAUAGAUGUAAAGUGGAACACAGGACCCUGGACAAACCCAUUAUAGUGGAAUGGGAAACAGAGGGAAAACUUCUCGAGGAUCCCUGCCCUGGCUCCGACUCUGGCCCGCCAAUUGGAGCCAUUGUUGGUGCUCUAGCAGUGCUGCUUAUUGCUGCUGGUCUGGUGAUCUUGGCCAAAAUGAGAAAUAUGCUCUGCUUUGGCGGAGGUUGUCAAAAUCAACAAAGGGUCACCUACAAAGUCAAGACAAGUGACAGGAUCCACUUCGCUCGACCCAGGAUGGGGCCUGGGACCCUUUUCGUGGUUUGUGCGAUUGUCUCGACGUGUUUUGCUGAUAUACAGCUGGAGCCAGAAAAGCACUCCCUGUACUAUGUGUACACCGCCCUGUCACAGCCCGUCUCUGCUCCUGGCAUCUUUGAGUUCACUGCCAUGGGACUACUAGACGACAGAAAGAUUGACUACUACAACAGCGAGGACAAGAUCAAGAAACCUGAACAGGAUUGGAUGAAAGCAAAGCUCCCCGCAGACUACUGGGAGAAGGGCACCCAAUCACGCAAGAGUAAAGAGCAGUGGUUCAAAGUCAACGUCAACAUCCUGAUGGAACGCAUGAGGCACAACGCCAGUGAUAUCCAUUCCUUGAUGUGGAGACAUGGCUGUGAGGCUGUCAAAGGGCGAGACGGUACUCUACAGUUUUACAAGGGUGUUGAUGAAUACAGUUACGAUGGCAGCGAUUUCCUCUCCUUUGAUGACAACUCGAUGCAGUGGGUGGCACCAGUUACAGAGGCUUUUCAGACCAAACGGAAGUGGGACGACGUGCCAAUCCUGAACCAGUACACCAAGGGCUACCUGGAGAAGGAGUGUGUGGAGUGGCUGGACAAGUUUCGAACAUAUAGAGACAGUGAACUUACAGAAAGCCAAAAACAUUAUCCUCCAAAGGUUUACCUUUUUGCCAAAAACGGGAGACCUCAUGGGAAAUACCAGUUGACAUGCUUAGUCACAGGUUUCUACCCAAAGGACAUGAAGAUCAGCAUCCUGAAGAAUGAUUGGCCUGAGAAGGAGAGUCACGAAAGGGAUGUCUUGCCUAACGGAGAUGGAACCCACCAGAUCAGAGUGACCAUCAUAGUGGAGAAGGUGGAAAUAAACAUGUAUAGAUGUAAAGUGGAUGACAGGACCCUGGACAACCCCAUUAUAGCUGAAUGGGAAAAAGGUGACAAGAUUUUCCUGGGCUAUGGGUGGCAAUUUUUUGUAAAAUUUGGAGUCCCUCCCCCAGAAGAUGCCAAGUCCUUCCCCAGUGAAGCAGUUGGUGGUGUAGCAGUGCUGGUGAUUCUUGCUGCUCUUGGUCUUGCUGUUCUGUUCGUUGCCAAAAAGAAAGAGAAAUUGUGCUUUGCUCCACCUCCUCCACCUGAUCCACCUGUGCCAGAGGGGCAGAGAGAUGACGAGGGGGCACCAAUGCUUCCUGUAGUUGCCAACCAGGAUGGAGGACCUCCAGGGGAGGUUGAAAAUGUGAAAGUGGAAGAUGAUCAGAAGGGUACAGAGAGAAAAGACAGUGAUGGUGGUGACUCUGGUAAAGGAGGAAGCCCACCGGGCUCUGUGACUGGACAACUACAGGAGGCCAAUGGAAAUCACGCCUCUGCAUCUCGUGAGACACUUGAGGCUGCUGUGAACGGGGAUGAGAAUCAGCAAGGUGAAGGAACUAGCUCCAACGGCUCAUCAGAUGGAAGCACUGAAAACAUUCAGGAGGCCAAUGGAAAUCACGCCUCUGCAUCUCGUGAGACACUUGAGGCUGCUGUGAACGGGGAUGAGAAUCAGCAAGGAACAGGGAGUGAUACUGAUGACACUGGUAAAGGAACUAGCUCCAACGGCUCGUCAGAUGGAAGCACUGAAAACAUUCAGGCCUGAAGCUCAACAACGAAAUGACAACAGAGACGAUUGAUAAGGAAGUCAUGGUUCAUAGGGAGCUUCGUACAGAAUCAGUUCGACGUAAGGGUUUAAGGAUGGAGAAUUAACAGCCUUUAAUGAGAAAGAUACACCCAUUUAGGAGACUGGACUUUGGUAGUACAC